UAAGGGAGUAGUUCUCAAAGCCACGGGUAUCUCAAUCAUGGAGGAAAGCCGUACGUCUACCAGUAUAGGCCUUUUUGAGAUCUAAAUAAUGUAUCCCUCCCUUAUUUCUCCAAAUUUUUCGUGCCACUCAAAAUAAUAGAAGAUGAGAAAAAGUGGCAUCUUCAAAUAUAGUGAGGCCGCGAGCGAUAACUAGAAGUAGCCUGCUAGUUUUUGCUACAGUUGGUGGUGAAUUUUGGAAGGGAGUCCGUGACACGCAACUAGAAGCAAAUAUAUAUUUUUUGAGUUGUAUCACGUGUUGACUGAGACUGUCAUACAAGGAAAAUCCAUAAAUAUCAUAGAUUUGUAAUGCAAAAGAUAUUAAGCACGAAUGGAUGAUAGGAUUCCGCUUGUGGUCGCGGGGUCGGAGCUAAUACUUCGAUUAGAGUGACUAAGAUUUCUGAUGACUUGAUAAUUUUUUUCUCCGAUUGAUUUCAUUACUCUUGCGAUGUUGUUCAGCGGCGUUGUGGUAAUACCAUUCCCAAUAUGGAGCAAGGAAUUUUCCCUGUCUCGUGUAUCUGGUAAAUUUGAAAAAAUGUCUUAGCGGUAUAGAAGGAGGAUGUGACCAUGCGGCUACGGCCGCCCGGCGGGGCGAGCUAGCCAUUCUCGUCGACGGGCCGGGUGGACACCACAUGCAAAACAAGCCUCUUCUCACACGGACGACGCUAAAACAUCACACAAGUUUUCACCUCUUGUCGCAGCCCCAAACAUAUCUCAAACCUUACACGAAUCACCCAGAUAACACAGCGAGUGCCGUUCUUAGCGACUCAUGCUCUCUAGUAAGUCCCACGGCUGUGUUCUCGGCUUGGAGUAGUUGUGCCUGCCAGAGACGGAUCGGGUGUCCACACUGGGGGUACCUUGUCGUCGAAACCAUCUUCUACGACAUCCACGAGGCAGACGGUCACAGACAAAAGGCAUCAGAAAGAGCUGACAAGCAUGAACCAGGCGACGCAGCAGGACUCGAGUCCACUGGUGCGCCCUGCACCGCUCGAUUGGCGCCGAGUGCUCCAGACGAGCGGAGCUGCCAAUAGCGUUGGUGCGGUUGCAUGGAGCUCGCGUGACUUGCUUGCAGUCAUGACGGAUUACGUCGUACAAAUCAUCGACUUGUCCUCGUUCUUAUACGGUGGAGCGCCUAUUGUCAAAUGUAAAAUUCUUGCGGAGGACUACACAGAGCGCCGGAGAAAGAAGGUUGAUUUUUAUCCAUUGAAUAGACAGGCACUAACAUUAGGUCCAGCGGCGCUCGAAGCACUAAAUAAAACAACCGGUUCGUUUUUACCUCUAGCGUGUAGCCCUUCCAACAAUGUAUCUAUAAGAAUUCUCCAUGAAGAUUGCAUGCGCAUCUUGUCUUUUGAUGAAAUCUUCUUUUGCUAUUCUGUCUUCUCUCGAAGCGUUGUAGGGAUGAAAUUGCACUUCCUCAGAGAUAAAUUGCUACUGCUUCCCCGCGACAGGUGCUUACCCACCCGCAGGCGCUACGAGCGAGCGAAGAGCUUGGCAAUUGGGGAAUGAUUUUACAUGCGCUUGGCGGUCUACAAAAUAAGUCAGCAUGGACAGCUGUCUCUUGGGAUGAACACGCGCAUUUCCCGCCUCCUCGUUCUGCGGUCCACGCAUCUGAUGAAGCGGACGCCGCGUCGUCUUCAAGUGACGAUGAUAAGACUGGAAAAAGAGCAAGUAAACAACGCAAGGUGGAACCGAAGAAGCAGUCAGGUCGCGGCGGUGGAGACGAAGGAAUAAAUGCGGCCGGGGCGGAAAAAAAGAGGCCGUCGACCGCAAAGCGGGCCGUGGGACGGUCGCAGUCGAUGGCGCCAGUGCGCGGCGCUGGUGGGCUGAGUAAGGAGACGAGGAGGCGGUCAGCUGCUGUACGUGAUAACGCUGAUCUACUCCUCUCUGCGAAGAGCUCCAAAACGGUUUCGGCAGGAAAGAAGAAGCAGGACAAGCACGAAAAAUUUUCGAACAGACGAACGUCGCUGAGCGAGGACCGAAGCGUGAAUAUGAGCCAGCGGUUGAGCCUCUGCACGAGUUGUGGCCGCAUUUUGGUUUUUGCGAUCGUCGAACGCUGGAGGGAAGAAUACGAAGCACGGCUCCUGUACGCUGUUGAGAGUCAUAAGAUCCGGGUGCUGAAUCCACAGCCGCAAGUCCGCAGUACCGCUCCAGAUGGGACGAAGUGCGCGUUUACUGCUUCACCCACGCGACUGGUGACUUCCUACUUCCAACGAGUCUUGGUGUGGGAUUUCUCGCUGCCAGACGCCGCGUCGCCACCCGUGCAGCCCGACCGAGGGCCUCCAAACACGUCGGUUGCUGCGGUCUCGCCGGGGGAAAGCGUGUCCUCGGUCUCACCGGUGACGUCGACCCCGUCAACGCGAGUUGGUGGGCGUGGUACGCCUCGAAUAGGAGGAACCCCCAGUCUAUCUUCGGAGAUAUCUAUCGCAAGUAAAGAGAACGCUUUCAACCUACCAAAAUCGUCGUCGGUCGCUGUGGAUGGAAGACUGCGGUCCGUUUUCGCGUCUGAGGGCGACGACGAUGGCAACGCUUCCGCUCUGGGUAACGAGCCUCCGCACAAUCCCAACGCGGGCGCGCACGUAGCGACGGCGGGUCAGCUCUGCAGCAGUGUGCUCUUUUCUGACGCUGUCACCGCGCUGGCCUAUCACGGUGGUACGAUAAUGAUUGGUCUUGCCAACGGCCGCGUGAUUUCCUGCAACGAAAACGGAGAAGAGCUUGCCCUUGUUUGGGACCCUCGAAGACAGACCGCUGAGGAGCUGCGAGAACGCGAUGCAGCGAUGGAGGCGCACAUCUGGCAGGCUUUGAACCAGGAUAGCGAACCAACGGAUGAAUCCAUCGAGAGGGCCGUUGAGGAAGCUGCUGCACAGGCAGCAUCGGAAAGUCUUUCCUUGCGCAAAGAAGCACCAGUACACAAAAUUGACUUCGCGUCGCAUAAUCUGGUUGCUUUUGCCGUUCAGGACUCCGUGAUUGUGCUCGCGAGAAAAACGACCUCCGAAAUACGCAGUGCAGAGGAUGAUGAGCAAAAAGCAAACGCUUCGUCUUGGUCGCUGAUAUUGGAGUAUUUGCACUCUGGGUUGAUAGCGGCGGUGCACGUGACUCGAUCCUUGCUUAUCUCCGUGGAUACGCGCGGCGCGGCGGUUUUCUUCUCGCUAGAUGGGGAAUCGCCGCGAAGACUGGGUGGUUUAUACCCUGACAUCCGAACGAGAAUGGCUCCUGGGCCACGAAGCGACGACUUUGCGAUGAGGAGCGCUGAUCGAGGACAUUUUCAGUCAACGAUCACCUCAACCCUGAGUCCGAUCACGAUUGCUAACUCGUCACAAGCUGCGCAAAAAUUCAUCGAGCAAUUGUAUUGGCUCCCGUCUGGCUCGGUCGCUGCAUCUAAUCUUCGUUCGUCAGAGGAAAAUAGUUAUGAUUUCUUCCGUAGGAGACUCUGUUUACUGGAAGCCAUUGCCUUGGAAGAUCCGACUAGCUUACAACAGCAACAAUUUUCAUACGCCAAUCAUGAUCGACAGCGAUCCCUCCCAACUACUCGUACUAGUUUAUCCAGUGUGUUGCCGCCGCGCGCGAUUUAUCGUGCGGUACCGGAGCCAGCUGAGGCCGUGCCACAGCCCGGUCAGCCACCCUUCUUCAAGCCGAAAAUCGAGAUGCUUCUGCCGUGUUGUGGAUUUGCGAUUUCGCCUGGCGGGACGCUUCUCGCUAGUGUGACGACCUCUUCCCCAGAACUUUCGUUAAACUAUCGCCGUCUCCAGAGCAGCUUUGGCACACACACGGAAGCCUGGAUUGUGGGUGUGCCACCUCUCGUUCACAGUCGGCAUAGCCUACCUGUUGUUUCAUCCUCUCUUCCAGACGACAGUGGUGAAGGUAGUUUCUCUGUGAUGAACAGCUCACUGAGCAGGAGCAACACACAAUAUCCUACGAUGUCGCUUCUAGGUCAGACGCUGCUUCGGUACGUCGUUCGACGGUGCGUUACUAGCAGGCUAAUUCAGAUCCAAUCUUCCUGCGGCGCGAAAUCUAGUACUAUUGCAGGAGAGACUUUAUCUUCUCCUGGUCCACAAAUACAACAUCGUCAAUCUCAUCCCCGAGAAAGUAAAAAAAGUGCAUCUUCUUCUUUGACCUCAACAUCUCCAAUGCACGCUCAGAGAAGCGGCCUGAGCAAGCGGCUGCUUUCGCUGUUAGAACGCAGCCAACAAGCAGAUGUUUUACGACUUGAGGAGAUAGCGUAUAAUGCGCUGAGGCAUGACCUUUUGCCCUUUGGGUCUCGUACAGCGGCAACGCUUCCUCACUGGGAGCUAGCAGUGAUCCGAGAGAUGCACGCACUGAUCACGCGUUUGGUAUCGGCUGCUGCUCCUGAGACAAAAAGUAGCGUAGCUGGUGUCGAAGAAGAAGAAAAUGUUUUUGGAGAGACGUGGGACGUUCUAGCUUCGCAAUUGGAAAAUAGCCUACGAAGCUUCCGCGAUCGCGUCUUGAAUCAGCGCAGCACUACAGUACGGCCGACAUUGCUGCGACCUCACCUUGCGCACGAGGCUUUUUCAUUCGCGAGCCAGAGCACAUUGGACAAGUUCACUGCGAGUGGCAACAACAAGAAAAGUACAAGUAGUUUAGAGGAAACGCGACCCCGGUGUACCGUGUGCGCGAUGCCGCUAUAUCCCGUGAGCUCGGGGGAAAUCUGGCGCUGUGCGUGGGGCCACGAAGUGGAGAGUUGUGCACGUACGGGGGUGCCUCUGCUAUCGCCUGUAAGGGUCGAGCUCUGCCUCUCGUGUGGAAACAGAUGUGUGGCGGCUUCAGCGGCUCCCAGAGCGUGCUUUGUCUGUCUGGGCAGGACCAUUGAAGUUACCGCUUGA